AUGGCGGUCCUCGAGUUCGUGCUGCUAUCCGCGCCGCUUGUCUUCGCUCAACGCCGCCGCCGUCAGCUCAACGACGACGCGCCAGCGCUGAGCACGGGCGUCGUCGUUGGUCUAUCUGUCGCAGGAACGGCGCUCCUUGCGGCGAUAGGCUUUUGCUGGUUUGCGCGCUAUCGCCGGCGGCAAGAAACCGCGUUCAAGGAGGACCUCAUCAUCACGGCGCAGCAGCGUCUCCACUCGGCGCGCCGCCUACCGACGCAAGCGGGCGAGAGUCUAAACCACAGCGGCAGUGCGCUCGCGACCAUGAGCAGUGCGACGCUCGACUAUGGCGACUUGGACCUUCUCCGCAUCGCGGCAGCGGACGUUGUGACGACGCGCAAAAUGGCGUCCGGGGCGUACGGCGAGAUCUUCUUCGGCGAGUACGACGGCAAGCCC